CCCCCGCGGCGUUGCCCUGCGUUUCCACCCGCUCCACUCUCCGCCGCAUUCCCCUAGGGUGCCAGUCAGCAGGUGGUUGGGGCGGGCCCGCUGCGGGUCUGGGGCGGGUGCUUUCUCGUUUAACACGAACCAGAGAGGCAGUUAGGUUUGAACAAAUGAGGAUCCGGAGGUCCAGAGAGUAUAGGUCCAGAGAGUAAAGUGACAGGUCUAAGUAGUGAAGAAGCCGGGGCUGGAACUCUCGUCCCAGGCGGUGGGGUACAGGCUGUCUUCAUCGCGGAGAUGGCAGUCGGGGAGCGUCGCUCCAGAAAGGGCCAGGGAGUGCAGGAGCGUACGUGUGCGAAAGAGAACGCCCCAGUGGGAUGCUUUGGCUGUGUCUCUUCCUUUUGGGGGAGCUGGUGGGUGGUGGAGUCGUAAGUCCGGGCAGUUGUUAGUGCAGGGUAAGGAUGGGCUCCUCCAGAGAGGGUAGCGCCGAAUAGGAUUUCGUUUGGAGGCAGGACUGGUGCCUCAAGGUCUCUUUAAAAGGAAGAUAAGCGAGCCGCCUGAAACUACCGGGUACUCCCUCUGGCCCAUGGGCUACAUGGUGGCCGACCUUUGGGCAACCUCCCGACUUCUAGUAAAUUAUCCAGAGCCUUAUCGUUCUCAGAUAUUGGAUUAUCUCUUCAAGCCGAAUUUUGGUGCCUCUUUGCAUAUUCUAAAAGUGGAAAUAGGUGGUGAUGGGCAGACAACAGAUGGCACUGAGCCCUCCCACAUGCACUAUGCACUAGAUGAGAAUUAUUUCCGAGGAUAUGAGUGGUGGUUAAUGAAGGAAGCUAAGAAGAGGAAUCCCAAUAUUACACUCAUUGGGUUGCCAUGGUCAUUCCCUGGAUGGCUGGGAAAAGGUUUCAACUGGCCUUAUGUCAGUCUUCAGCUGACUGCCUAUUAUGUCGUGACCUGGAUUGUGGGUGCCAAGCGUUAUCAUGAUUUGGACAUUGAUUAUAUUGGAAUUUGGAAUGAGAGGUCAUAUAAUGCCAAUUAUAUUAAGAUAUUAAGAAAAAUGCUGAACUAUCAAGGUCUCCAGCGAGUGAAAAUCAUAGCAAGUGAUAAUCUCUGGGAGUCCAUCUCUGCAUCCGUGCUCCUCGAUGCCGAACUCUUCAAGGUGGUUGAUGUUAUAGGGGCUCAUUAUCCUGGAACCCAUUCAGCAAAAGAUGCAAAGUUGACUGGGAAGAAGCUUUGGUCUUCUGAAGACUUUAGCACUUUAAAUAGUGACACGGGUGCAGGCUGCUGGGGUCGCAUUUUAAAUCAGAAUUAUAUCAAUGGCUAUAUGACUUCCACAAUCGCAUGGAAUUUAGUGGCUAGUUACUAUGAACAGUUGCCUUAUGGGAGAUGCGGGUUAAUGACGGCCCAGGAGCCAUGGAGUGGGCACUACGUGGUAGAAUCUCCUGUCUGGGUAUCAGCUCAUACCACUCAGUUUACUCAACCUGGCUGGUAUUACCUGAAGACGGUUGGCCAUUUAGAGAAAGGAGGAAGCUACGUAGCUCUGACUGAUGGCUUAGGGAACCUCACCAUCAUCAUUGAAACCAUGAGUCAUAAACAUUCUAAGUGCAUACGGCCAUUUCUUCCUUAUUUCAAUGUGUCACAACAAUUUGCCACCUUUGUUCUUAAGGGAUCUUUUAGUGAAAUACCAGAGCUACAGGUAUGGUAUACCAAACUUGGAAAAACAUCCGAAAGAUUUCUUUUUAAGCAGCUGGAUUCUCUGUGGCUCCUCGACAGCGGUGGCAGUUUCACACUGAACCUGCAUGAAGAUGAGCUGUUCACACUCACCACUCUCACCAGUGGUCGCAAAGGCAGCUACCCGCUUCCUCCAAAAUCCCAGCCCUUCCCAAGUACCUAUAAGGAUGAUUUCAAUGUUGAUUACCCAUUUUUUAGUGAAGCUCCAAACUUUGCCGAUCAAACUGGUGUAUUUGAAUAUUUUACAAAUAUUGAAGACCCUGGUGAGCAUCACUUCACGCUACGCCAAGUUCUCAACCAGAGACCCAUUACGUGGGCUGCCGAUGCAUCCAACACAAUCAGUAUUAUAGGAGACUACAACUGGACCAAUCUGACUAUAAAGUGUGAUGUUUACAUGGAGACCCCUGACACAGGAGGUGUGUUCAUUGCAGGAAGAGUAAACAAAGGUGGUAUUUUGAUUAGAAGUGCCAGAGGAAUUUUCUUCUGGAUUUUUGCAAAUGGAUCUUACAGGGUUACAGGUGAUUUAGCUGGAUGGAUUAUAUAUGCUUUAGGACGUGUUGAAGUUACAGCAAAAAAAUGGUAUACACUCACGUUAACUAUUAAGGGUCAUUUCGCCUCUGGCAUGCUGAAUGACAAGUCUCUGUGGACAGACGUCCCUGUGAAUUUUCCAAAGAAUGGCUGGGCUGCAAUUGGAACUCACUCCUUUGAAUUUGCACAGUUUGACAACUUUCUUGUGGAAGCCACACGCUAAUACUUACAGGGCAUCAUAGAAUACUCUGGAUUUUCUUCCCUUCUUUUUGGUUUUGGUUCAGAGCCAAUUCUUGUUUCAUUGGAACGGUAUAUGAACCUUUCGAGGCUAAAAAUAAUGAAGAGUAAAAGGGGAGAGAAAUUUAUUUUUAAUUUAUCCUGUGGAAGAUUUUAUUAGAAUUAAUUCCAAGGGGAAAACUGGUGAAUCUUUAACAUUACCUGGUGUGUUUCCUAACAUUCAAACUGUGCAUUGGCCAUACCCUUAGGAGUGGUUUGAGUAGUACAGACCUCGAAGCCUUGCUGCUAACACUGAGGUAGCUCUCUUCAUCUUAUUUGCAAGUGGUCCUGUAGAUGGCAGUAACUUGAUCAUCACUGAGAUGUAUUUAUGCAUGCUGACUGUGUGUCCACGUGAGCCAAUGUCUUCAUCACAAGAUGAUGCUGCCAUAAUAGAAAGCUGAAGAACACUGGAAGUAGCUUUUUGAAAAUCACUUCAACCUGUUAUGCUUUAUGCUCUAAAAAGUAUUUUUUUAUUUUUCUUUUUAAGAUGAUACUUUUGAAAUGCAGGAUAUGAUGAGUGGGAUGAUUUAAAAAAUGCCUCUUUAAUAAACUACCUCUAACACUAUUUCUGCAGUAAUAGAUAUUAGCAGAUUAAUUGGGUUAUUUGCAUUAUUUAAUUUUUUUGAUUCCAAGUUUUGGUCUUGUAACCACUAUAACUCUCUGUGAACGUUUUUCCAGGUGGCUGGAAGAAGGAAGAAAACCUGAUCUAGCCAAUGCUGUUGUAGCUGUUUCUUCUGCCUCAUCUCACUGCGCUGUGGUCUGUCCUCAUAUGUGGCACUGGUAACAGACUCACACAGCUGAUGAAUGCUUUUCUCUCCUUAUGUGUGGAAGGAGGGGAGCACUUAGCCAUUUGCUAACUCCCAGAAUUGGAUCAUCUCCUAAGAUGUACUUACUUUUUUUUUUUUUUUUUUUUUUAUUAUACUUUAGGGUUUUAGGGUACAUGUGAAGAUGUACUUACUUUUUAAAGUCCAAAUAUGUUUAUAUUUAAAUAUACAUGAGCAUGUUUAUCAUGUUGUAUGAUUUAUACUAAGCAUUAAUAUGGCUUUAAGUAGCAAAUCAGUUAUCCAUGUGGGUAAAGUAAAUCUAGAAUUAUUUAUAAGAAUUACUCAUUGAACUAAUUCUACUAUUUAGGAAUUUGUAAGAGUCUAACACAGGCUUAGCUACAGUGAAGUUUUGCAUUGCUUUUGAAGACAAGAAGAUAAGUACUAGAAUAAAUAAGAUUACAGAGAAAAUUUUUCAUUAAAACCAAGUGAUUUCCAGCUGACGUAUCUAAUAUUUUUUAAAGCUAACAUUAUAGAGGCGUAAUUUAUUUACAAUAAAAUGUUCCUACUUUAAAUAUACAAUUCAGUGAGUUUUGAUAAAUGGAUAUACCCAUGUAACCAACACUCCAGUCAAGCUUCAGAAUAUUUCCAUCACCCCAGAAAGUUCUCUUAUAUACCUGCCCAGUCAGUUCCUUUCACUCCCAAUUGUUGGCAGCCAUUGAUAUGAAUUCUAUCACUAUAGAUUAGUUUUCUUUGUUCCAGAACAUCAUGAAAGUGGCAUCAUGUACUAUGUAUUCUUAUGAAUGGUUGGUUUCUUUCUGUCAGCAUAAUGAUUUGAGAUUUGUCCAUGUUGUGUGAUUCAGUGGUUUGUUCCUUCUUAUUUCUGAAGAGUUUUCCAUUGUAUGAAUAUAUCACAAUUUGUUUCCUCCCCACCAGUUUCUGAUACUACAAUUAAAACUGUCUACAUUUACAA